CUAGGACUGUGCAGCCUCGCACUGCUGUUAACAUGAGCUCCUUCCAGGGCCGGAUGAAGGAAUACCCUUCCAUAUCCAUCGACAGGUUUGACAGAGAGAACCUCUCCGCCAGAGCUUACUUCCUGUCCCACUGCCACAAGGAUCACAUGAAAGGGCUUCGCUCUCCUUUCUUGAAAAGACGACUGGAGUCCUGUCUGAAAGUUUACCUGUACUGUUCUCCAGUCACAAAGGAAUUGCUGCUAACAAGUCCAAAGUAUGCGUUCUGGGAAAAACGCAUGAGGGCUAUUGAAGUAGACACCCCAACACAGAUUUCACUGAUCGACGAAGCUUCUGGUGAUAAAGAAGAUGUCCUGAUCACACUCUUACCGGCGGGUCAUUGUCCAGGUUCAGUAAUGUUUUUAUUCCAAGGACAAAAUGGCACUGUUCUCUAUACCGGAGACUUCAGACUAGCGAAAGGAGAAGUCGCCCGUAUGGAGCUUUUACAUUCAGGAAGCAGAGUGAAAGACAUUGAAAGCGUUUAUUUAGACACCACAUUCUGCGAUCCAAAAUAUUUCCAGAUUCCCAGUAGGGAAGAAUGCUUGGCUGGGAUUUUAGAGUUGGUGCGGAGCUGGAUAACGCUGAGUCCUUACCACGUCAUCUGGCUCAACUGUAAAGCAGCUUACGGUUAUGAAUAUCUAUUCACAAACCUGAGUGAGGAAUUUGGAGCAAAGGUCCAUGUGAAUAAACUAGAUAUGUUCAGGAAUAUGCCGGAUAUUCUGUGCCAUGUGACAACUGAUAGGCGGACGCAGAUACAUGCAUGUCGUCAUCCAGUGAAUGAAGAGUUUCUGCGAGGAAACAGACUUCCGUGUGGAAUGUAUUCAUGUGAUGGGUUCCCUUUGCGUAUAAUCAGUAUUAAACCUUCGACCAUGUGGUUUGGUGAGAGGACCAGGAAAACCAAUGUCAUUGUGAGGGCAGGAGAGAGCUCAUAUCGGGCCUGCUUUUCUUUCCAUUCGUCAUUUAGCGAGAUUAAGGACUUUUUGAGUUACAUCAAACCUAAGAAAGUCUAUCCAAAUGUGAUUCCAAUUGGGAAAACAUUAGCACAUGUCGAAGAAAUCUUGAAGCCAUUUUAUAGGUCUUAUUCAGAAUGCACAGAAGUGAGGUAUAAACCACUGGGAAGUUUGAAAAGAUCAAGAGACUUGAUUUCCAAGGAGACAGAUGAAGACAGUAUUGAAGAAUUAUUUGACGAUUAUCCAUUGAAUCAUUGGAAGCACAAGAUUCUCAAAUACCACAAAUGGACAUCUGAGAAUAAUCUGUCUGUAAGUUGUGAAGGAGAUAGCAAGCCAAUAGUGAUCUCCACUACGACCCCAGUGACUAUUGCUGUACUGGAAGAUUUUCUGGAGUGUGAAGAAUCCAAUGGAGAAGAGGAGGAGGAGGAGGAGGAGGAGGAGGAGGAAGAAGCUGAUUAUCUAAAAUCAGUUAAUACAACUGAUAGUAAAAUAGGUACAAGGGCGCCAACAGAAUCUUCAGAUGAAAUAAGUCGACCAAUUGAAGAAUGUUCAUUGCCAGAAGCUGUCCCCAUGGCAGAGAAGGUUUUACCUCAGUGGAAUUUCUUCUUUAAUUCUCGUUCAGCUGAGGGAGAUGGUGAACACAACCCUGAAAUCUCUGAGGAGGAAAGAGAAAAAAAUUCUCAGUCUCCAAAACUAUUCAGUGAAUCAGAUGAUGAUGAUUCAACUCAUAUAUCCUCUGUAAAUUCCUCCCAGUCCACCCACAUCUCCGAACAAGGUAGUCAAGGAUGGGACAGUCAGGGGGACACUGUUCUGCUGUCCUCUCAAGAACGGAGAGCUGCUGAACUGCACUGUAUGAACAGAGGUUCUUAUCUUCUCACAGCCAUUUCAGGGAAUGCACCAACUGGAGAUUCCAAUUCCGAAGGAGCACAAGGUGGCAGCAGUAAUGGAGAAAGGAGAGGAACAAGUGAGACCAGAGAAAAUGACUUGUGCGUACAAACAGAGGACAAAACAACUCUUAAGACUGAUGGUAGAGUAGACUCACAGAGUUCUUCUGACUUUGAGAUUCCAUCAACACCAGGAGCUGAGCAGCCUCACCUUGACAAACUGCGCUAUCUGUAUGAAUGCCUGGCCACAGGGGACGUCAUCACCACAGCGAAGCAAAAGUGAACUUGUGGACGUCCGUGUAAAUCAUCCAUUCCCUGGCUACUCUUAAGAUUAUUGAUAUCACUUAACAUUCACUACUGCUAUUUUCUGUUUGGUUGGAAUAGAAGUAUAUUUUUUUAUGGUAUCUAUACAAGGGGUUUAGUCAUUUUGUGUUCUUGUGCCUUACCUUUCUGAUACAUUUUCAGAAGGAAUUCAUAUUUGUAGGCAUUCAAUAAGCUUGCUGUGAGAUAGCUGUCGCCCAAAAUAAGUGUAACAAAGGUUCGGCAGCACCUCUCCUUACUAUAAUAUGAGUGUUCAAGUGUGUGAAAAUAAGUGAAUCCUCUCAAAGCUUUUCCACUUUCCUCUGCUGAUGGUUUUCUAUUUUUCCAUGAUGGGAUCUAUUCCUGUAUUAUACACGACAUAAACCAAAAUCGCUUCCUCUCCACACAAGCAUUUCCAUGGUUUUUGCAGGUUCUUACAAAUAAAUGGCAGGAUUAUGCACCAAAAAAGA